AUGUCCGCCUACCCUUCGCUCGCGCCCUUCGUUCAGAAGAGGCCCUGGUUGCGCAACGCUCUCAAGCCUCUUGCCAACUGGUACGCCAACGCCGCCGGCUACCGCCAGCUCGGUCUUCGCGCCGACGAUCUCAUUGUCGAGGAGGAUGAGGAUGUUCUGAAGGCCCUCAAGCGCCUUUCUCCCCAGGAGUCCUACGACCGCGUCUACCGUAUCCGCCGCGCCAUGCAGUGCUCGGUGUCGCACAAGCUGCUGCCCAAGGAGGAGCAGACAAAGCCCGAGGAGGAUGUGCCAUACCUGGUCCCCCUCAUUGAGCAAAUUCGCGCCGAGAGAAAGGAGAAGGAGGCUCUCGACUCCAUGACCAUCAUCAAGAACCACUAA